AUGGUUCAUCGGGAUCAGGGAAAGCUGGUGCAGGUGGUGGCCGCGGAUGUUGGACUUGUGGCGCCGCCGAGCAGGUACGUGCUAAGCGAGGAGAAUCGUCCGACCACUGUCGCUCAGCAAGCCAAGCCGGUGAUCCCCAUCGCGGACGUGAGCCGUCUGGCCAUGCCCGAUGAUGUUGAGGAGGCGGCCAAGCUUCGCUCUGCGCUGCAGUCAUGGGGCCUCUUUGUGGUGACCGGCCAUGGCAUGGCAAAGGAGUUCCUCGAUGAUAUCCUCGAGGCGACGAGGAGGUUCUUCCACCUGCCGCUGGAGGAGAAGCAGAAGUGCGGCAAUGUGAUCGACGGUGUCAAGUUCCAGAAUGAAGGGUACGGCAUCGACUGCAUCGACUCCGACGAACAGAUCCUCGACUGGGAUCAACUACACAAGUACACCCUAGAGAGUGGGAGGGUGACCAUGGAUGUGCUGAAGGCCAUGGCAAAGCUUCUGAAUCAGGAGGAGAACUUCUUCAUCAACAUGGUGGGUGAGAGGUUCAAGUCAUACUCGAGGUUCACCUACUACCCUCCCUGCCCACGGCCGGACCUCGUCAACGGGCUGAAGCCACACAUCGACAACUCUGUCAUCACACUGCUCCUCAUGGACAAGGACGUCGGCGGCCUCCAGGUGCUCAAGGACGGCCACUGGGUUGAUGUCCCCGUGCUCGGGAAUGACCUGUUGGUCGUCGUAGGCGAGGGCAUGGAGAUCGUCAGCAAUGCAAUCUUCAAGGCGCCAUGGCACCGUGUCGUGACGAGCGCCGACAAGGAGAGGCUGUCACUGGCGACGUUCUACCAGCCGGAGCCGGAGAGGAUCAUAGGGCCGCCGGGGGUACUGGUUCAUGAGAAGCACCCGGCCAUGUUUAAGAAGUGCCUGGUCCAGACCUUGGCCGAUGGAUAUUGGGAUGCAUUUGCAGCGGGAGAUCGCACCGUCGACUUCCUCAAUGUCAGGAUCAAUGCUGAGGCUGACGCCGAACUAGAGGCGCAUGCAGUGGUUGUAAACAACUAA